GGACAUAAAUGGCAACAGACACUGUAUUUCCGGUUCCGGCUUUUUGACAGCACGUCAAAUUUUAUAAAUUAUUGACAUUUUAUACUAUUUAUGACUUUUGUAUGGACCAGGAAUGGUUUUAUAUGGGUCUAUCUAAUUACCAAAUUAUAAGAUUUAGCAGAAAAAAGCAAAAACAACAAUCUACAAAAUUAAAAACCUAUUGUGCUGAAAUAAGAUGCUGAAUAGAACAAGUAUAGAGGAAGCAAACAAACACCUACAGGCAUUGUACAGUCGAGUAAGUGAGCUUGAAAGUACUGUUCAAGAACAACAAAGUGCUUUGUCUGCAAAAGACUCAUUUAUACAAACAAAAAUAAAAGAACUAUCCCAUCAAGACCUUGUGAUAAAGGACUUGAGGAAUAAGUUGGAAGAACGUGAUGUAGAAGUAAGUAAAAAUAAUGAAAUUAUUACAAUCCUGCAGAAAGAAUUGCUCGCUAAAAAUGCUCAGCUGGACAUUCUCAAACAAAAGUGUAAAGCAUUAAGUGAUUUAAUGGAUCUCAUUCCAGACUUGAAGGCAUAUUGUUCAAAAGUUGAAGCAGUAGCUCUUAUUGUAAAUGACAUUGAUGAUGGAUAUGUACGUGUUAACGCAAGUCCAAGUCUAUCUGAUGAAGCUGAUAAUACGGACGGAGGUGACAUAGGAAAUCAUUCUGCAGGAAGUGGAAUACAUGAAGUGGUUGCUGAUGAAUCGAUAAGUGUUGGUGAAAUGGCAAGGAGUUUUGUGCAGUUGGAGGGAACUAAAAAGUUCUCAGUGACAGAGGAUGAUUUAGAUGAAAGUGAAAUAAUUACUGUUAGAAAUACAAGUGUAAAGAAGGAACACUACUUUUGAUUGUUAAGAAAAUUUGUUAAAGUGUUUAACAUAUAAAGUUUCUGAUAACAUUGUUCAUUUUAGGACAAAAUAUGGUUGUUAUUUAAACUUAGCAAUAUAUGGAAGAAAAGAAUACAUACUAUAUUACGCUGGUCUUUAUAUUAAUUUUCUUUUUAAAAUUAUGUUAAUAUUUUCCUCAUAUUGAAUGGCAAUUUAUAAUUUUGAAGAAUGUGUCAGAUGUGGAAGUUAAAUUAUGUAGAUAAUGAUUUACUUAGUUGACAUGUAAUUACAAACAAAGUCCUUCAAUGGAAUUAUUCUUGUAAAUAAAGGCAAGCUCAAUAUGCCUCAAAAAUAUUAUUUCAAAUAAAUGGCAACUGGAAACUUGCAUCUGACACAUUUAAACUUUUGAUGUUUUAAUUUUCUCCCAUAUUAGCUGAAGGCACCCUAAAAUUAUGUUUAUGUAGAGGUCAGUUGAAUUAGUUUUAGCUUAAUUAGUAUUGAAUCCGAAGAAGAUCACAGGGUUACAAGGGGUUAUAUUUUGUAUAGGUUUUGUAUUAAGUGCAGGGAUUUUAUUGUAAAUUAAGGUUGUUAUUAAUGAUCUAAUGAAAUUUAACACUUCUCUUUAAUGAUUAUUUGAAUUACAUAAUUAUUAUGUCAAUCUGUCUUUCUUUUUCACAUUUGUUAUGCAUUGACUCAUUAAAUGUACUUUAUUGAUUUUAAAAGGAGAAAAAUCUCUUACU